AUGUGGGGGGGGCAGUGUGAUUUUUGGGGUGGGGCGGGGAGUCUUGGAAUUUGUGUGGAUAUUAAGUUGGGUCCUCAUCAUUGCACGGGGGGGGGGGGGGGGGUUGGAUGUGUGAGUGGUGGGUUGUCUGCUGACGAGGCGUCUCUGGGGGUUGUGGCGGGGAUGUUUUGUGGGAGGGGUGGAAGGUCGGACAAAACAAUUUUUGUGGGCAUCCUUUCAUGUGGUGUGUUUGGCUCCAAGCUCUGUGUUUGGUAUUGGUGGGUGUGUGUGUUAAGUCGUCUCAUUGGCUGCGUGCCUGACGGGCACUUUGGGACAGCCAGGUAUACCUGGAAAAUUUGA